AUGCUUUUCUCCAUGGAGACUUGCAUGUUGUUUAUGACUAUCCCUCCAGGGUAUAGUCCUAAGGGGGAGCUACCUGUCAUUGAUGAAGGAUUCAGCCAUUCUGCCACUAAUCACUCCCUGUUUAUGAGAUAUUUUGGCAACAAAUUCAUCAUUUUGCUAGUCUAUGUAGAUGAUGUUAUAGCAAGCAAUGACCUGGACAAGUUAGAAGCCUUGAAGGGAAGAUUGAACAACAUGUUUAAGUUGAAAGACUUGGGUAAAUUGAAAUAUUUCCUUGGACUAGAGAUUGCUAGGUCUAACAGAGGGAUAUUUGCAUCUCAAAGGCCAUAUGCACUUCAGAUUCUUAAAGAAUUCAGAUAUCUUGGAUGCAAACCACUAAGUACUCAUAUGGAAGCAAAUCUGAAACUCAACCAAGAUGGUGAUCAAGAUGGGAAAGACAAUCUGGCAGACCCCACGUUAUAUAGAAGAAUGGUUGGGAAACUACAAUACUUGACUAUAAUCAAUUCUGAUUUGUCUUAUUCACUCAAUAGAUUAAGUCAAUUUCUAGCUAAUCCAAGGAACAGCCACAUGAAAGCAGCACGGAGGGUUCUACAGUAUAUUAAAGGAUGGCCAGGUCAAGGAAUCUUCAUGUCAGCAAAGUCCCAGAUUAGAUUAGAAGCAUACACAAAUUCUGACUGGGCUGCUUGCCCUGAUACAAGAAGAUCAACAACAGGAUUUUGCAUCUUCCUUGGAGAAUCAAUCAUUUCCUGGAAAAGUAAGAAACAGCACACGGUAUCUAGAUCUUCAGCUGAGGCAAAGUACAGAGCCAUGGCCAACACCACAUGCGAAUUGAUUUGGAUUCUUUCUGUGUUAGAGGAGCUGAAAGUUAAACAUGACGGUCCUGCAAUCCUGUAUUGUGACAAUAAAGCGGCACAACACAUAUCAACAAAUCCAGUCUUCCAUGAAAGGACUAAACAUAUUGAAAUAGACUGUUUCAAGCAAAGAACAACUUGUAGAUAUUCUAACAAAGGCUUUAUUCCCGAAUCAGUUCAAGCUACUCAAAGACAAGAUGAAAUUGGAAAACAUAUAUAUUUCAUCUUGAGGGGAGUGUUAGAAUUGAGAUUAGUUAGAAAUCUGUUAGGUUGUUAG